AUGCCACGUUUCCACCACAAAAGACGCCACUCCUGGCCCUACUGCGGUUCGAGUACGCAGCUGAAAGAACGUAACCUGCCUGCUAUCACCGUGACGGGGCCUGACAAUGAAUUCGAAGGCCAGUUCCUGACUCCGAUCGAGGCCGAUGAGCUGUUUGAGGAUGACGCCGCGUCUGCUGGGAUCGUUCGCACUCAGUCGUCACGGUCACACCGACUUUGGCACCAUUCGAAAGACAAAACGGAGGCCUAUAAAACCAACGCUGGCACUGUCUCGCUGCGUAAGAUGAUGCAGCCACCGCUCGACAGAGCACGAUCGCUCUUCGUUUUGCCAUCAACGAUGUCCGCGAAAGAGAUGGCGCUCCUGCCUUACUGGGUCCAUCGACUCUCGGCGCAUCCCAUAGCCGCCAAAGAGAGAAAAAUGCCACAAGCUGAGACGCGAGGCCGCCUGAUGGUUGAGAAGAACCAUAGGCGCUGCCACUCAGAGCGACCGCGCUCCUGGAAGCAGCCGAGUGAGGAUUUGUGGACUCUGCUGGAGGAAUGA